UUGCCCCGCCGCGGAGCCUGCGCGGCGCGUGUGGGCGUUUAUCUGGGCCGCGCACCCGCACCCGCUCCCUCACCCCUCCGGCCGCCGCCCAGAUAAGGACGCGCUGGAGCCGCUGGGGACAGCCACCCGCGUCCCUCUGCUGCUUCCGCCAGCGGCCGAGAACUCCCCGGGGACUCGGGCGGCCGUGGCGCCUUACCAGCCUUUGGUGCGGCCGAGCCGGUGGCGCUUUGGUUUGGAAGAUGACACACCACACAGUUGCCUGUCCUCUGGUGGCCGACUAGAGGGCGGACAAGUAUGACCCAAGUUUGAUGUCUGUGCCUGCUUCCCCAAGGUCAAGAAAUUAUCUCCUUAGACGGCAACAGUACUAUGCACGUUAUGAAUUGUGUCUCCUCGGUCAGCGAUAAAGGAAAUGGGAAUAUCGCCCCGGCCGCUGGAUUCAUGAUCGGGCAAACGCAGCCACCACCCUCUCCUCCUCCACCCCCUCCUACUCCACCAUGUCCAUACUCAGGGGCAGGGUUUCCUCCCGCUCCUCCCCCUCCCCCUCCCCCGCCUCUGCCUGGGGGGCCUCCGGUCCCCCCUCCCCCCCCAGGACUACCACCACCUUCUCACCUGAACGGCUACAGCCACCUUGGUAAGAAAAAGCGGAUGAGAAGCUUUUUUUGGAAAACCAUUCCCGAGGAGCAAGUUCGGGGCAAAACCAACAUCUGGACCUUGGCAGCCAGGCAGCAGCAUCACUACCAAAUUGACACAAAGACCAUCGAGGAGCUGUUUGGGCAGCAAGAAGAGAGUGCCAAGUCCUCCCCUUCUAGGAGAGGGGGCCCUUUAAAUUCGUCCUUCAGGGAGGCCAGAGAAGAGAUUACUAUCUUGGAUGCAAAACGGAGCAUGAACAUUGGGAUAUUUCUUAAGCAAUUUAAGAAGUCUCCUCCAUCCAUUGUGGAAGAUAUUCAUCAGGGAAAGAGUGAGCAUUAUGGAUCGGAGACAUUGCGAGAAUUUCUUAAGCUUCUGCCAGAGUCAGAGGAGAUAAAGAAACUAAAAGCGUUCAGUGGAGAUGUGGCCAAGCUGUCUCUGGCAGACUCCUUUCUGCACUGCCUAAUUCAGGUGCCAAACUAUUCACUGCGGAUUGAAGCCAUGGUGCUGAAGAAGGAAUUUUUGCCUUCUUGUUCCUCUUUAUACACAGAUAUGACAAUUCUAAGAACUGCUACAAAAGAGCUGAUGUCAUGUGAGGAGCUACAUUCGAUAUUGCACUUGGUGCUGCAGGCAGGGAAUAUCAUGAAUGCAGGAGGGUAUGCUGGCAAUGCAGUAGGAUUUAAACUGUCUUCUUUGCUCAAAUUGGCAGACACAAAAGCAAACAAACCUGGGAUGAAUCUUCUGCACUUUGUUGCACAGGAAGCCCAAAAGAAAGAUGCUGUUCUUCUAAACUUUUCUGAAAAAUUGCAUCAUGUUCAGGAGGCUGCCAGAUUGUCGCUGGACAACACGGAGGCAGAGCUGCACUCGCUCUUUGUCAGGACGAGGUCUCUGAAAGAGAACAUUCAGCGAGACGGAGAGCUUUGUCAGCAGAUGGAAGAUUUCCUCCAGUUUGCCGUGGAAGAGCUGUCGGAGCUGGAGCGCUGGAAACAAGAGCUCCUGGCCGAGGCCCACACCCUCAUUGAUUUUUUCUGUGAGGACAAAGACACCGUCAAACUGGAUGAGUGCCUUCAGAUAUUCAGAGACUUCUGCAUCAAAUUCAACAAAGCAGUGAAGGACAACCAUGAUCGCGAGGUGCAGGAGCUGAGGCAGCUGCAGCGGCUGAAGGAGCAGGAACAGAAGCGGCGCUCCUGGGCGGCUGGGGAGCUUGGCUUCGGCCGGAGCAGCAGUGAGAAUGACGUGGAGUUGUUGACCAAGAGGGGCGCAGAGGACCCUUUUCUCCACUCCAGGCCCAUCAGCCCCUCCCACCGGCCUCCCAACACCCGGCGCUCCCGCCUCUCCCUGGGCGCUUCUGCUGAUAGGGAGCUGUUGACCUUCCUGGAGAGCUCCACUGGCAGCCCUGAGGAGCUCAAGUUCAACAGCUUGCCCAGGAGCUGUCCCCGGCAGGCGCCCCCCAGCAGAGCCUGGAUGGAGUCUGGAGAACAGAGGGACCAGGACUCCAGCCAGGCACACAGACCUCCAGCCUCAAAGGACCAGGAGGAAGCCACUGACCCACCCUCAACUUGGCAGAGCCAGCUCCUGGCCCCCCGGCUGGAGGAACCUGCUACGGCCUUACCCCGAGUCAGGCGCAGUGGAGUCAGCAUCCUGCGAAAGAGGAACAGUGAGCCCCUGGGCCUGGGUCCUGUGCGGUCCCCUCCACUCUCGCCCUUGGCUCUAGGGAUUAAGGAGCAUGAGCUGGUGACCGGGCUGGCCCAGUUCGACCUCCACGCUCCCAAGGGCCCGGAGGAGCCGGCCCGGCUGACCCUGAACGACUUCAGCCCAAUGGAGCUGGUGUCUGUGGUGGGUGAGAGCCCACAGGCCCCCCGCGCCCCAAACGACCGCCUGACGCCCGUGGACAGAAGCGCAGGGGAUGCUCCCCUCCCAGCCCUGGAGGGUGGCGGGGCCGCCCGGGAGGAGCCAGGCAGUGCGGCUGCGGGAUCAGUGGGCAGCAGCGACCCCGAGAGCAAAGAUGCAGGGCUGUUCUCGGACACCACCGACUGUUCGCUGACCCUGGACUGCUCCGAAGGAACCGACUCCAGACCGGAAGGGGGGUGCCCGGGCGAUGGGGGCGACAGGGAGGGCUCCGUGUCCUCGGGGACUGGGGACAGCCAGGUCUCCUCUCUCCCGGCCUGCAGCUCGCCAGGAGAGGUUCCCGCUCCCCGUCCGGUCUCGGUCUCGAGGAAGAGCGAGCCGGGCUGCCAGGCGGGCCCUCCUAGGGACAGACCGGCCCGGGAGAAGGAGGUGAUGUCCCCGAAGAGGAGCUCCGUCAAAGAGGCGCCGGCGGGGACGGGGGCGGCCCGGCGGGUGGCGGGGGCGGUCCGGCCAGUGCGGACGCUGACGGGCUCGGAGAACGAGAGCCUGCGCAAGGUCGUGCCCAUCGCGCGGGCCGGCCGCGCGCCCGUCUCGGGGAAGCGCGCCCCCCGCGAGGCCCCCGGCGGCCCGUCCCCCGCUGCGGCCCGGCCAGGGAGGGAGUCCCCCGCGCCCGCCAGGACCUCCUUCCGGAAGCCCAGCGCCAAGCCGCUCCGCAACGUCCCGCGGCCGAAGCCCGACGAGGACAAGAUGUGCCGCUCCAGCUCCCAGGGCCCCGAGAGCCCCGAGGAGGCACCCCGGGCCCCGGCGGCCCCCAGCGCGCCCCGCGGCCCCGCCCCGGUCCCCAGCUUUGCCCGCAACACGGUCGCCUCCUCGUCCCGGUGCCUGAGGACCGACUCCCCCGCCGUGGCCCGACCCCCCGGCCUCACCCGCACCGUGUCGCAGCGGCAGCUCAGGGCGAAGGGCGGCCCGGAGGAGGCGGCCCAGAAGGACGGAGGCGCCCUGAGGCGGGCCAGCAGCGCCCGCGGCCCCCGGAAGGGGCCCGAGUUGCCCGAGGGCCCAAGGGCCGGCAGCGAGGCCUCGCCCAAAGGCCGCGGGGCCGGGGAAAGGGCCUCCGUCCGGCUGAAGGACGCCAGCCGGCCGGCCCUGGGGAAGGGGCUCCAUCCCUUACGGAAGUGAUGAGCGGCCGCCCUGCUCUCCCGCCUCCUGCCUGGGGUUCCGAUGGAGAGGACGGACUCCUGCGGAAGUCACAUGCAGUCAGUCAUCCCUGGGGCCACCUGCCAAUGCUGCCCCCGCAAAUCCCCCGUGACCGAAGGUGCAGCCCUGGGGUCUGGAGACCCGCACUGACUCCUGCUGGACAGAGGUUCCCCGCGGUGAUGGGCCGCGGAGGUGGACCCCUACCCCCACGCAGACCGCAGAGACCCACAAACGAUUCAGAGAGGAAGGCGACCUUCCUAUGUAACGAGUGAAAGAAAAUUUUUGGCCAGUUUUUAUAUAUCUGACUUUUUUAAUAUAAAAAUUGAAUGUUGUUUUUCAUUUGUUCCUUUCAUGGAGUGAAACGCUUCCCAGAGGUAAAAGGAUGAAGAUAUUUUUAUCAGCCAGUGUUCCCUGGCCUCAGGGUUCCACCUGCUCCCGCCGUCCAUUGCUGGCAACUGGCCUUCUGCAAGCCCUUGGGUGUGCUGUGGCUGACACGGUCUUCUUGAAGAUUUUCUGCCUUGCUCACCUUACCCUGCUGUUUGGUGAGGGUUUGCCUGUGAACAGGAGGGAAAGUGAGACUGGUGGCCGGAAACUGGAUGCUCCCUGUGUGAGGGCUGGCACCGUAGACAGUGGGGCCAGCCUCCCCUGCAGAUGAGUGGCAGCCCCUGGGAGAAUGCUGGAGCUUCCAGAAUGUAGAGGUGCUGUAUUUUGAUGGAUAGGCAUCAGGGGCUGUUGGGCAGAAUACAGCUUGCCCCUCUGUGUUUUCUUAUUUGAGUAUCUGUUGUGAAGCUGAGUGAAGGCUGCUAUGACUUGUGUUCACUGGAGUUACAGGGAAGAAGAAACCCUCAGUCUCCCAGUCUUCUUUGUAAUAUGACCUGGAGCCUAAAAAUUCAGUAUCUUUGCUUUUUUUUUUUUCCCUCCUCUUUCAGUGAUUCUUUUUAAUGUUGAUGUCUGUUCUUUGAUACAGUGAUUUUCAUUCCUGAGAAGAACCAGAUCAUAUUUUUAAAAACAGACCUUCCAAAAUGAAAUUGCUUUACGAUUUUAUAUUAUCAGGAAAUUUUUGAAAAAAAAAAAAAAAGUUCGGCUUCUUUCAAAAGAAAGGGAAAAACUGUUAAUGUAUUAUUUCUACCCAGUGCCAAUUUCACUAUUUCCCUCUGACUAAUUGGGAAAUGGAGAACGUUCUUGAAACUUUUUUAUUAUUUAAAAAACUUCCCCCAGUUUUUUCACUUUUGAUUUACUUAGUAGUGCAACUUUGUCUUAGAUCUGACAGUGGGAGAUGGAGUUCAGCAAAUGCAGUGUAAUUGUCUUGAAUCCAUAUGGUCGAUGUCCUGGUCUCCGUCCUGCAGAAUUUUGCCUUCCGUCCAAAUUAAUUGGAAAUUCUGAGCUUCCCUAAGUCAGCCGCAUUGAAAGGGUAAAUGCUAAGGUUGAAGAAAUAAGGCACCUGACCACAAAACCUCUUGUAAAAAUCACCCUGGAGAUCCAGGGCUCCACAGAGAUGGUUAGUUAUGAGGAUCCUGAGCCAUCUUUUGCCAUCUCAAAAAGCCUUAAAAAAUCAUGUAUCUAACAGGCAGCGAUGUUCAAAACAGAGGACCUGUGAAAGAGGUCCCAAGUUUGUGGAUUUGUGGGUGUUCCAGGGUCUGGACCCCUUGGCGGAACCCUAGAAACCAGGGUCAGUCCCUGUUCCAUCACUGAUGCUGUGUGGCUUUGGCCCGUCACUCGUCUCCUUAAUCCCGUUUCUGGUUUGCAGAAGUGAGGGCGGGGCCUCCAUGAUGGUCUUCAAAGGUCCUUCUACUCCGAGAGUCCAAGUCAUUAUCACCCAAGGACCCAUCUCUUCCCCGGGAUCAGCUUCCAGAACUAUCGCCCAGUAUCUCUCCAGCAGAGAUCUCACAUAAAGCUCUGCUCAGAAGAAAGCACCCUUGGAAUGGGUGGUUGCUUUGAAAUCUAAUAAGCUGAGUGUCAUGAGUUUUGCUAGCCCUGUGGACAACUUAUAUGCAUCUGUGUGAGCAGGUGAAUCAUUCUAUUACCUUUUAUUGGUAGUAAGCUUGGAAAAAUAAUUUAAGUAUAUAAUGCAGAAGUGUAAAUAAGUUUCUAUAUAAGUUUAAGAUGAACUGAAUGUAUUUAAAGGUCCAUUUAUAUGUUCUUUUAUGUAACGUGUAGUUUAGUAAAGUUCUUGUUUAUGGGA